AUGUGGCUUUCGCCUACUCCACGGCCGUUGCCCGGGUUGCUGUUCUAUCUGUCAAUAUGCCAGCUUUGUCUGGCUGUUGUCUUCACCAAUUCCGAUUUCUCAAUCCAACCGGACAAAGCGUUCAAUUUACAAUGGGACCAAAACGAAGGACCCGUUACCCUCAGCGUGGUGACUAGCACGUCAGAUAAUGCCCAGCAGGUAGUUACCAUAGCGGGUGAGGACGUUUCGUACCCAGUCUCAGAGGUCCAUGGGCAACUCGCCCUGGGAAGCUCGCGCUACUGGACCCCAAGCAGUAGUUUACAGUCGGGAACAUAUUAUCUCAGAAUCAAGGAUGAAGUGACAGGGGAAGUCAGCUAUUCUUCAGAAUGGAAGUACUCGGCAAGCAGCAGCUCCUCGGAUUCGUCUACUCAAGCAAGUUCAAGAACCACCUCGGCAGCUUCACGUAGCUCCAGUGAUGCAUCCGAGGACAGCCAACAGGCCUCAACGAGCCGUUCGACGGGCACUUUCUCAACCUCUACCAGGUCGUCAUUCUCAACCACUCUAGUAGUACCUGCGGGAACUGGCGCAGACGACGACCAAGCAACCCGUACUGGCAAUCCCACGUCAGAUACACCUUCUUCGGGUCUUUCGACCGGGGCGAAGGCAGGGAUCGGCGUCGGCGCCGGCCUUGGUGGGAUUCUCCUGUUGGCUGCCGUUGCCUUUUUAUUCUACAGGAAGGGCAAGUCCCGUGCUGAGAGACAGAACGCGUCAGUGACCCAAGGCCAGGUUCCUCAAGAGAGCCAGGAACCAAAACCACCGGCGACGCAUCCCUCUUACCCGGAGCUGGGUGUUACAGAUGAGAAGCCGAUAGGCGAAAUUGCUGGAAUGCCGAUUGCCGAGGUUCCUGGCGCCAAUGUUCAUGUUAAUCCCAAUACUCGAAGCAAAUUUGUUGAACUGCCAUAA